ACUGCAGCUCGAAUUGCUGCGCUUGAUCCGGCCAUCGUUGCUUGUUGCGCAAAGCAAAACAGUGCCAGGUCUCGAGGUGACUUUGUCUGCGCCGAGCGCACAGCAACGAAAUGCUCGCGUAGUGCGACGGAGCGACCGGGGAGGCCGGGGGGAGGACAUCCGUGCGCGCGGGAGGCCAGACUGGGCUGCUGGGCCGCCCUCGGGCUGGGCGUCCUCGAGACCAAGCGACUGCUGCUGCUGCUCGGCCUCGAGAUGCUGCUCGACUCGAGGGCCAUGCGCUUCGCGGGCGCCCUCGCGCCCUUCGCCUUCAGCCUCGUGGACGCGGGCCUCGGCUUGCCUGUUGCCGUCGGCGCUGUGCUCUCGCUGCGCAGGCAGCAGGUGCGAGACUGCCAGUGGAGCAAGAGGCGAGGCCUGCGGCGUGUGGCCGCGCUGUUGGCCGUCGGCCUGCUGCUCAACGUCCUCACCUUGCUGCUUAUCGGCGGCAAGGUGAACCCGGAGGUGGACUCUCUGCGCGAUGCCUUCGGCGCGGCGAUGAGGCUCUACGCGAGAAACGCCUCAUACAAGCUGCUGGUCGACGAGCUGCAGCUCGGGCUGCGGUGCUGCGGCGCCUCCUCGUACGCCGACUGGCUGUCCGUCGACUGGCAGGUACCGAGUGACGUCGCUCGCGGUGGCCACGGCGACACCGAGGACGAGCGAGGCGUGCCGUAUAGCUGCUGCGACAAACGUGCGGCCCUUCCGUGCGCGCACGCGGACGUGCGAGAGGAGGCGGACGUGAAAACGCUCAACGGUCCGGGCUGCGCGAGCGCGCUCGGUAGGAUGCUCUUGAAGAUCGCCGUGGUCGGGUACACGAUGACCAGCCUCGUCGCCUGCACCCAACUGCUGCUGCUUUUCUUCGCGGUCAGGGUUGGUGCGCGCUUUCACUCGCUUGCGCUCGACGGUGCCUUCUCCGUUCUCGCUCUCGUCCAGAUCCUCGUUAAGGCCGUGCCCGGCAUCUGCUCGUCGGACACCUCGCGCUGGCGGGCUCCGCGGCAGCCGGCUGGGCUGCUCGUCGACAGCAGCUCGGACGAGUGUUCGCCCCGAUGCGGUCACGGUCGACACACUGGCGCCCCGAACGUGCUCGAGCCGCGCAAAUUCUACGCUAGUGACACGUCCAGGUGGUCCAGCGGCCAAUCCGUGUGCACGACGUCCUGCAGCUCGGACAGCUGGUCGUCGUCGUCGUCGUCGUCCCACGCCGGGCUGACGUCGAGUCCGAGCUGCGCGCCUGAAACAAGCGACCGGGCUGGCAUGACGAGCAGUGCAUCCGAUCGCGUGCAGCGCCAGCUGCCCGACAAUCAGCUAGAGCUCGACGAGUAGGCGCGGCAGACUCGAACGUCGUCCGCAAAUACCGACAGUGCAACCGUCGUAUUUGCGGACAGCUCGGACAUCUCUGGCAAGCUAUCGCGUGGAUAUGCUAUCGUUACAGUGGUGGAAUGAGGCAUCGAUCGCGCUCGUCUAUCUGUGCGAUGACUCGACGCUCGGUGGGCCGUCAAUUUUUCGUAGCUACGUCCAGUAAAUUUCGGCAAGGCCGGUAAUCACGAUAAUGAUGAUACGAUAUGAUGAUUUUGAAUGGAAGAUACGAGAGCCAUUAGGUCGGCUCUUAUCAGCGUGUCAUUUCCAAUUGUCGCGACUUGCGUGCGCUUUAAAGCACGGCGAUCGACGAGCAUUCGCGCAGCCGAACGGAUUGCUUCCACUUUCCUCAGCCACGGGAUAGCCGUUUAAUGAAUUGUCCUCUGGCCUCGGCUUCUUGCUUGUUUUCGAAAGGCUGCUUUUCACUUCGAAGUAACCAUUUCGGAGGCCACAGAGCCACGCGCAAGCUCAGCUUUGGGCGACACUUAUCCAGCGUGUUUUACAGUGAGCGAACGAGCGAGUCUUCCGUCGGAAGCCACACGCCCAGUCCAUGGACUAGAUUGCAAAUAGUGAUUGCCACGUGGAUAGGACGUGUAACAGUCGCCGCGCGGGCAUUCUUAUGGCUGGCCAUCGGCAUUUCAAAGUAGCCUGAAGAGGUUCGAGUUAUUCCGAUUUCGAGCCAACAACCGACUGUUGCUUUUAUUCAAGAUUGUCCGUCGCGCUUACUUUCGUACCAUAGCUUUUGUUCUUUCCGUCAUCGUAAGUCAUGAUUAAUAUUAACCGCUA